CAAAAAACAUUUACUUUCCCUCAGUCCAAUAAACCCACUUUUUAUCCUUUUGAGUUUUUGCUUACAACUUUCUAUCAACUCAAAUUUUCAUAAUCCCACUUGAAAAAAAUCAGAAAACAUCCUUUAAGAUUUCUGCAAUGGAACCAGCUAAGAAUUAUGAAACAAAUAUCUUCUUAGUAGCAGAAGCUCCUCCAUGUCCAAACACUCCACUUCAAGAUCCAAAAGAAACCAAACAGAAACUAAGAGUUGAAGAAGAUGAAGAGGAGAUGAAGGAUCAAGAAAAAGAGAAGAAACCCAGCAUCCGAAUAAUCGAUCUAGAGGCUUCGGAUAGCAAUUCGAAUCGUGGGUUCAGCUUCGAUAAUCCAGAGCUCAAUCUACUCGAAUGCCUCGAAACGGGCUCAUCAGAAGGCACCACCACCACCACCACCACCACCCUUGUUUCUGAUGCGGCAGAGCCUAGGGUUUUCUCAUGCAACUACUGCCACAGAAAAUUUUACAGCUCGCAGGCGCUCGGAGGGCACCAGAAUGCCCACAAACGAGAAAGAACCCUAGCAAAGAGAGGGCAGAGGAUGUUGGGGUCCCACAUAAUGGCCUCAGCUGCAGGUUUUGGGUACCCUUAUUACUCAAGUUUGGCUUCUCUGCCUCUCCAUGGUGGUGCUUUUAGGGCACUGGACAUUCACGCUCACUCCACGAUUCACAAACCUAGUUCCAUGAUGCCUUCGUCUGCGAUCAGGUUUGGUGGUUCGUAUGGACAUCGGAGUUUUGGGUCAAGGUCGCUUUUUGAUCAGCAACCGGCGGUCGGAAAGCUUGCGGCUGCGGCAACUAGAGGUGUUGGUGGUGCUGGGAGAUUUGACAUGGCAAAGAGCAACAUGGUUUCACAAAGCAGUGAAGAAAUUGGAAAAUGUUGGUUGGGAAACGACAGUCGUUUCAAGAAUAGUAGCGAUCAGGAGAAAAUGAAGAAGCUUGACUUGUCACUCAAGCUCUAACUAGUUAGUACUAUCGAGACGGCAAAAUUCUUCUUCAUUUCAUUGUAUCAUAUACGAUCCUCUUGUCUUUUUUCUUUUUCUUUUUUUGACUUUUUAAUGUCAGUAUUGAGAUGUAUUUUAAAAUUCUCGUUUCACAUUUCGAAUAUGGUUUGUGUAAAUUUGAUUUUUGAGAAUAGCAUGAGCAUUUGAUC